UUUUCCAUUUGGUCUCGGCAAGUUUUGUUUUAUCACAAGGACACGGUCGAACUUCUCUCUCGGUGUUCCGGUUCUUGUUGCAUGAGUGUGCUCUGCCUCGAUCAGACCACGCAUCGAAGCUGCAUUGCGUCUUUGGUUCUGCAUAAGAUAAGGCUUGGAAAACCUCGAUACCAACUGUGGCCAUACUUGGAAGCAUUGCAUCAACAGGGCACAGAUCGGAGUCCGGUACGGCGUGAUCGGAAUAGCUGCCACAUUUCAUUUACAGAAGAACAUGCCACAGCUCCUUUACAGAACUUAUAAGUAGUCGGACGGUCCUUUAACCUCGUUAACUUUUUCGGUUUCUUGAAAAGGCAUUGAGUUGCAAAAACGCGAACAACGCCUGGACAACCCAUCGUUCGUUGACUCCCACCACAGCCAGUCCCCACAUCAGCGCCAACUGCCGCUCAUCAUCCAGCAGUACUCGACACAAGCAUCACGCCCCGGAUACAUCAACGCACAUACGUACGGUCCCACACUCUCGGGACCUCGUUGCCCGACAUACCCUCCGGCCAUCAACUCUUUAGUCCACCGGGCCAGCAAGGCUUAGGACCCGAAUCCUAUUCGACCAUGAACCCCAACGGACCAGCCGACGUUUACUACGGACAAAUGUCCCAGGGCAGUUCGAUGCCCGUAACGACGGUACCUUCCCACUCCCAUUACGCUUCUCAGCAGCCUCCGCCACUGUUGCAACCUGGUUCAACCUAUGCUCACCAGUAUGGUAACCCCCAAUACGGAUAUGCCAACGCUCUUAGCUCGCCGGCUUCGAUCCCGCCGUCUCUCCCCCCGUCCAUGAACUCGAUGGCCGG